AUGAGCGAAACAAAUGGCGACAGCAAGCCCUUCCGCAUCGCCAUAGUAGGCGGUGCCAUAGGCGGGCUCACAACAGCGCUCUUUCUAGACCACUUCUGCCGCCGGCUCCCAGGCCAGAAUGGCAAACCUCUGCCGCCGAUCGCCAUCGAUGUUUAUGAGCAGGCGAGCGAGUAUAAGGAGAUCGGCGCGGGCGUGGGGCUGGGCAUCAACGCGGCCAAGCUUGUGCACCACAUUGACGGCGUCGGUGCAGCCAUGAACGAGAUCCAAGGCCGGACAGACAGCUCGUGGUUCACUUUCUGCCGGUGGGAUAACGGGAAGUUCAUCACCCACGUCGAUAGCCCCGUGUCCGACGAGGACGUGGUGAGGCCGUCGAGCAUGGCGCGCAGCGAGUUCUUGGAUGUGCUGCUUGGCUUUAUUCGUGAGAGGCAUGUUGCGACGCUGCACACGAACAAGAAAUUUACUUCUGUGAAGGACCUCGGCGAGGGGGGCGUCGAGAUAUCAUUCAAGGACGGAACCACAGCCGAGGCGGAUCUCCUGAUCGGCUCGGACGGGAUCCACUCCGAGGUCAGGAAGCAGUUCAUCACCGGCAAGGCCCUGUACAGCGGCAAGAUAGCAUACCGGGGCGUCGUGCCCAUAGACAAGCUCCCAAAGGAAACGUGGCCGGGGCGGUCCUGGUCGGUGAUAUGGAUGGCCCGGCACAAGCACUUCCUCGUCUUCCCCAUCAGCCAGUCCCGGUCCCUCAACAUCGUCGCCUUCAUCUCCAAGCGCGAGGACGAGAUCCCGGACCUGCGCGAGAGCUGGACCAGCACCUGCGACCGGCGCGAGCUGGAGGAGGACUUUGGGGACUGCGAGGACACGGUCCAGAAGGUCAUCCGGCUCAUGCCCGAGCGCCCGUCCAAGUGGCGCAUCAACGACCACGAGCCCGUGCCGCAGUGGGUCUUCCUCGACGGCAAGGUCGCGCUCCUCGGGGACGCGUGCCACGCCACGACGCCGCACCAGGGCGCGGGCGCCGGACAGGCUGUGGAGGACGGGUACAUCCUCUCUAAGGCGCUGUCGGACUGGCUGGCGAGGGGGAAGAAGGGCUCGGUGCAGGGGUGGAUGGAGCUCUACCAGCGGAUCCGCCUGCCUCGCGCCCAGAAGGUGGUCACCACGAGCCGCCAGGCAGGCGAGCUGUACGAAUUUGAGUCGCCGGACUUGAUUGACUUGCCAUAUGAUGAGGCGGUACCUAUUGUCGCAGAGCGACUCCAGGAAAGGCUGAAAUGGUUGUGGAUGGAGGAUCUCGACGCGGUCUAUGAGAGGGAGAGGGAGGAAGCGGGACUAUGA